AUGAGCAGAGCAAAUUCCCGUAUCCCAGAUGCCUGGGACGAUAACUGGGAAGCUGAGGUUGACCACAAUGAGCCAACAAAACAACAGUUGAAAUCAGUAGAAGCAGGCCCGCCAGCACCGCCUGAGAAAAAGCUGUCUUCUCGAGUAAUAAAGGCACAGAAAAGAGCGCAACAUGCGGAAUUUAAUCGCCAAUUAUGGGCUGAAGCAGAAUCCCCACAAGCCUUUCACUACCUCGAAUCACGGGCCGCCUCCGUGCCCCUAAAAUCGGACUUUAAAUCUCCAGUCAUGGUCCUAAGCCGCAAACCUCAAACGGCUAAGCAGCAGCAAUCGCAAUCGCAAUCGCCAUCGAACCAUCCAUCUCCCUCCCCUUCCUCCUCCACCUCCAACCCCCUGGACGCAACAACGGCAAAUAUGCAGCAACUCUCUAUCUCUCGCACUGGGUCACCAGCCACUCGUACAGCCACAAUUGCGACACCUCCUCCAGAUAUUUUAGUAAAUGAUGACGACGACAAUGGUGACGAUGAUGACGAAGGGGACGAAAGGCCAAAAAUGUCGCGGGAGGAAUUGCAGGCGCAGCGUGAGCGGGAGCGCGAGGAGAGGCAGCGCAAGUACGAGGAGGUGCGGGAGCGGCUAUUUGGGAGUCCCUCGGCGGCGGCGGCAGCUGGGUCGGCUGCCUCGUCUCCUGGGAGCACGAGCACGACGCCACCGCCAUCGCAAUCACGACAGGGCUAUGGACAUGGCCAUUGUGCCAGGGGCAAGGGCAAGGGUAAUAGGCCGAACGCGAGCAGUAGGGAGAGGAAGGAGAUAGCAGGCAACAAUAACAAGUCGAAUAGACAGUUGUAUGAUCCUAAUUAUCCGGGGCGGCCGGGUUCUGGAUAUGGGCAGAGGGGAGAGCGGAGGCAGAACUUAUCGAAUAAUGUGUAUGAGAGCGGGCGGAUGCAAGAGGUGCAGGAGCUUCAGCAACCACAGCAACAGCAGCAGAUACCGGUGAGGACUCCAAAGGGCCCUGAUGGGAGUGGAAGAGGUGGUUUUGGAUUUAGCCCGCGGGGGGCGAGAACCUCUUGA